AUUAGUUUGUUGUUUAUAAUAUUAAGAAUUUGUCAAUGUCUGCAAUUCAGUGACGAUGGUUAGACGAAAAAUUACUCCAAGUCCAGCAAACAAUUCUUCGAAGAAAAGAGCAGAUAAAGACAAUACAACUAUAAUAGUAAGUAAACAUAAACGGAAGAGCCAUGUGCUGCAGGAAAUUAAACAUCUGAGGAGAACUACACACUUUGUCAUACCUAAACUAUCUUUUGCACGUUUAGUCAGAGAAAUUAUCAUCGACAUAUUUCCCAGAAAGAAUAUCACCAGAAUACAAGCCACUGCUCUUGAAGCCCUGCAAGAAGCGACUGAGAUGUAUCUCGUGCAAUUCUUUGAAGACGCAGUAUUGCUGGCAUUACAUACUAAACGGGUCACUCUUAUGCGAAACGAUAUGAUUUUAAUGCGCAGGCUGAGAGGUCGCAAUGAUAUUAUCAAUAGAUAAGAAUUUUAUUUUAUAUAAUUUUAGAUAGAUGUGUAUGUAUGUCAAUGUUUCAAAUACCUUAAGAUGCAUUAAAAUGAAACGAAUUCUUUCCUUU